UCGAACUGUAGAGAAAUGUACUCAGUGGCACUAGGAAAGCAAAACAGUUACAAGCAGAGCGGAAAGAGUUAACAGUAGUAUUCUGAAGUGGCAGGGCAACUUGGACGCUGGAAUUGAGGAGAACGGUGGGAGUGUACAGUUAUGGAGCUUAUUACGGCUAAACACGAUGCUCAACCGGAGGCUGACAGUAGAGGGCAACAUAGAGACGGACAGCAAAGUGUCAUCGUUGAGAAACAAGUGCAGAGAAAUCAACUGGAGAUCUGUCCUGGAGUCGUUCCUGGAGAUACACAUCCGAUGUGUCGUGGCCGAAAUCGCAGCGACCCUGAACCUAAGACUGGUGAUGCAGCAGGUGAAGAUAUGAUAGGCACAGAAAACACUACUGGUCCGGUCCGGGUUGAGAAGGACGAUCGAAAUAAGAGAAAAUCUGGCUGCAAUGGAGAAGGUACUGAGGGAGUUUGUGACGGUCGCCAGGGUAAGAAAAAACAUCGGAGGCGACCGUCAAAAAAGAAGCGACGCUGGAAACCGUACUUUAAACUGACUUGGGAAGAGAAGAAAGAACUUGACGAACGAGAGACUGCACGGGCAUCAAGAGUGCGAGCUGAGAUGUUUGCUAAGGGUCUCCCUGUUGCCCCGUACAACACUACUCAGUUUUUGAUGGAAGAGCACGACCGUGAAGAGCCUGAUCUUAACACAGAACUCGGCGGCCGUAGGAUCGUUGGGGCCAGUCGCUCCGAAGAUACAGCCAGUGAGGAAGACUACUUCGAACCUGAAGACGAGGAGGAGGAGGAUGGAAGUGAUGGCAUGGGCAGACCGGGGCACGCAGGAGGUGAAUUUCUGCAGAAGGACUUCUCAGAAACUUACGAGAGGUACCACGUCGAGACUCUCCAGAACAUGUCCAAACAAGAGCUGGUGAGAGAGUAUCUGGAGCUAGAGAAAUGCAUGUCCCGGUUAGAGGAAGAAAACAACUCGCUUCGCCACAUCCGAAGAAACUCCGACACUUCUGCCGAAAGCAUGUCAGCAGACAGCGCGCAGCGUGUCCGAGAGCUGGAGAGUGAAGUGGAAAGACUGAGAGCUCAGAAUAAUGAGCUUUUACAACACCAGACAAGAGAACAAGGACUAAUCGGGUCCAAAGCGGUGUCAAACAGUGAACUCGGGAACUGAUAAACUGUGCACUGUCUACCAAAUGAGACCCACUGGUGAACUAAUUUGAACAUGUCCGUUUUCUCUUUUAAAUGUCCGUAGACUCAGUUCAUUUACAGACUGUAAAGCUACAGCUCUUUCAACAAGUUAUACUCUCUCACAGAUUGUGUUGUCGAUAAUGGUUUUUGAAUUUCUGUAUUUCUUGCUGGAAUUCACUCAUUGAAAAUGUUCUGUGACGCCCCAUAAAUUUGAUCAAUUUAUGAUAAUUACAUUUUGGUCCUUCUCACAAUAGUAUGUAAACUCGACUGCCAAUCGCUUUAUGAAAGAGCAUACAAUUGUGAAGACCGCACAACCAGUGUAUUGUCACAAAGGAUCAACAACUCAGAUGACUAAAAUACAUCUUAUAUUUGAAUGUCAGAGCGCCUUUUUAUAUUGAUCAAAUUUUUAAUGGGAAAAAUACAUCAAAUGCCUCUGGUUAUCUUUCGUGGUGCACAUAAGACUCUGCUGAAACUGUGUUAAUGCAUGACAAUGACAGUCUGUAGUAAACCGUGAAAGUGGAAUCGUUUCUCGCGUUUUCUCGU